UGGCAACAGUAAACAAUGCGUGGUUGGGCGGCGUAUGUGAGCAAGACCCAGGUGGUCUGCAAGGUGUUCUCUAAGUACCGCGCCGCCCAGCCCCUAGAAUCGGGUGAGCCCGGCCUUGACCAGCGGCCCAGUGGCUGGCAACUUGCUGAGCCCGCCCAGCUCCCCCAAAAGUAUCUGUGCCCCCUCACACAGCGAGGGCACCCAACUGAGGCCACGGCGGGGGCAGGCGGCAAUGCGCAGUCAGGUAAAGGGAAGAAAGGGAAACCCCGGGCCAAGACUGGCGGGAAGAAGCAGAAGCUGAAGAGGCCGGAACCAGACAUCCUCAGCCCUGCCGCCAUGCUGAACCUCUACUACAUUGCCCACAACGUCGCGGACUGCCUGUAUCUUCGAGGCUACCCUUGGCCAGGCGCGCCCAAGGGGAAGAGGGGGAAAAGCAAGAUUUAAGCGAUAGAAUUCAAAGCAUGUCUUGGUUUCAAAGGACAGGAAGUGGGAGAAAGCAUUCAGGACAGCUCAAUGCCGACAGGUGAACUAGACUACUGGAGACAUCGAGAAACACGUAGCCAGUGCGCUUCUCUGGGGUAAAUAAGGUAAAUGCACGUUCAUUGCCACAGCUAAGCCAGGCACUAGGUGGCUUCCCUUUGGUUUUUCAGAAGUAAUCAGGAAAACCCAACCCAAGUGGUUCUUAAAGGCAACGCUGGCAUUAGUAGUGAUUUUUAUCAUAAUAUAAUCAUAGUUCUGGACCUGAAUUAAACCUUGUUCUCAAAAGGCA